UGAGAGAGCGCGGCUGCGGCGGACGGCGGAAGUACUAUGGAACCUCUGCAGUCCUGUAGGUUUGGAAGGCUUAAAUCCAAGUUUGGAAAGGCUUUUUCCAUUCCAAAUGAUUUGCUGGCUUAAGCGCUUAAUUAGGAUGGCUUUUGAACAAGUUGGAUUAAACAUGGAAUCAGUGCUUUGGUCAAGCAAGCCUUAUGGUUCAUCUCGAAGUAUUGUAAGAAAGAUUGGUACUAACCUCUCUCUUAUACAGUGUCCAAGAGUUCAGUUUCAGCUUACUUCUCAUGCCACAGAAGGAAACCAUCCUAAUCAACUUAGAGAAGAUGCAGUGGCCUCCUUUGCGGAUGUGGGAUGGGUUGCUCAAGAAGAAGGUGAAGUUUCUACAAGGCUCAGGUCAGAAGUUUGGUCAAAAACAGCCCAGCCUCUUUCAGGUGAACAACAUCAUUCUGGAAAGUCCCCAUGCAGACAGAUGUCCUUAGAACACCCGUUGGAAGAAGACCCAGUGUCCAGAAGCACAGUGACUGCAAAUGAAGAAGCUCUGCAGAAGAUCAGUGCUCUAGAAAAUGAACUAGCCACUUUAAGAGCACAAAUAGCCAAAAUUGUAAUCUUGCAAGAACAACAGAACCUGACAGCAGUUGGGUCAAGUCCAGCUGCUUCAGCUGCUGUCCCUGUUGCACCUCCACCACCGCCACCUCCUCCGCCACCACUCCCUCCCCCAGGUCUGCAACGGAAUAUGUCUGCAAUUGAGCUCAUCAAAGAAAGGAAAAACAAAAAAACGAACUCUGGACAGAAUCUGACAGAAAAUGGGCCAAAGAAGUCUGAAAUACCAAACAUGCUAGAAAUCCUUAAAGACAUGAACAGUGUGAAACUACGCUCAGUGAAAAGAUCAUCAGAAGGUACAAAAUCUAAAGUGGCUGACCCUACAGAUCCUGCAGCAUUAAUAGCAGAAGCGCUCAAAAAGAAAUUUGCUUAUCGAUACCGAAAUGAUAGCCAAAGUGAAACAGAAAAAGUGGUUCCAAAGACUGAAACUAAGACAAAGACUGAAGUAGUGCUGUUUGGACCGCACAUGCUGAAGUCUACAGGAAAAAUGAAGACUUUAAUUGAAAAAUCUUAAUGUAUUAAGAUCACUAUGCAAAAGACUGUUAAGCUGUUUUGUCUGAAAUCUUUUAUGUUGCAAAUAGCACUAGUACUGAGUGGUCUCUUACAACAGAGGAAAAACCUAAUGUGAAAUACAGAAUUGAGGCACUAAACAUGUUUGUAUGUGAUUUAUCAAGGGGAAUAAAUUUGACCAUUAUACUCAGGUAUUAAUUUUGUAUUCAAACCUGGCUUUCUACUCAGACCUAUGUGGUGGUUUUAGUUUAUUAACACUAAGUUAUAUAUAUAACAUUCUUUGUGCAUAACGGACCACCUUAAAAAUUUGUGUACAUGUUAAUGAUAGUGAUACACCCUUAAGUUAGUAUCAGUUAUUUGAGCUCUAACUAUACCUUGCACUACAAUGUUUAGUUUGAUACUGAAUUUUUCAUGUCAAAGUCUUUCUUUUAAACUUAAUUUUAGCAAAUUUUUAGCCCAAAGAAAACCUGCAAGCAUUCUGCUUCCUACUGAAAGUAAGUGAAAACUUAAAUCUGCUGCAGAGGUCACCUGGUAUGAGACAUUUUAAGUAGUCGCACAUUUUUGUGCAGGUUUUUUUGUUUGUUUCAAAUGAGCUUGUAAGGAUAAGAGAGCAAAACCUACUUGUAUCAUUCUGUGGCUGACAUAAAGAGUGCAUGACAAGUGAGUAUAUCAUGCUGUGGGAGCAUCUGUGAAUAGGUAGUCCAAUGAAUUUGAAAUGACCAGUAGAUAGCAGCAGAGUAAAAUAAUUAAUGUCAGAGUAUGUGUUAACUAGCGUAGAAGUGGUGUAGAUAAGAAAAAAAGGUCCAGAGUACUGUGGGGUGCAAGCUGCCAAAAGUAUAUUGCUCAUCUCAGCUGUGCUAAGAUGUUCAUGGACACCUUUAUAUCCCCAGCUGUCUGGGGCCCUCAGCUAGGUGUCUAGCAGUUGGGGACUGCACAAGCCCUCAUCGUCCUGUUUACAAGGAGGAGAUGAUACAAGCUGUUGCACAUAACCUUGCUUCCAGGGGAAGCCCUUUUGGGGUCAUCCCAUAGCAGCUAUUUGCUGCCAGACCUGCACAGAGCUAGUUCAUUAACCAACCACCUGAGCUCAUGUCCCCAGCCACAGAUGCAGAAAGGGCUCAAGCUAAAAAUAAAAUUCAGGUUGAAAAAAAGCUGUUUAGGAACCAGAGUGCUACAGCUUAGCUGCACACUUAAAUAAAGCCAAGGUUUGCCUCUGGCCGUAGAUGAGCGUAGGAAAAGCUGAGUCUGGGUAUUUUGGUGUUCUAAGUUGAUGUGGCUGCUGGAACAAGUACAAGUGCCUCUUAGAGCUUCUGUUUUCUAGGAAAAGAAAAAAGCAGCACUUCUUAAAUAAAGACAGCUGACUGGCUCUGACAAGGUUACUGAAGAUAACUGAAGCUUUGCUGCUUGUAACUGGAAUGUAGAUUGUACAAUCCAGGAGGAUGUUUUCUGGUGUGAAACUUGAAAUGGUGUUAAUAUGUACACAAUGUAACUUCCUUCCAAAAUGCUCUGCCAUCAGUCUUACUGACAGGCCAUUAAAUCUUUGUGUUCUUUUAAAUGCCCUUAAAACACCUUUCUGAAAGUUAAUUUUGGUUUCAAGUUUUGUAUUUAAUGCUGUAUUGCCACUAUAUAAAAUUAAAAGCAGUUAA